UUACACAUGUAAUUAGGUUUACAGAGUUAGUUAUAAUUUUAUAUAAUAAUUAAAGAUUAAUUUCUUCAUUUUUAUUUUUCAAAUUAUUCGUGAAAAAUAACAAGAUGAGAGAAAUAGUGCAUAUUCAAGUAGGGAGAUGCGGAAAUCAGAUUGGGUCUAAGUUUUGGGAGGUGAUUUCGGACGAGCACGGUAUCGACCCAGCGGGCUGCUACACGGGGGACUCGGAGCUGCAGUUGGAGCGCGUCAACGUGUAUUAUACAGAGGCCGCCGCCGCCAAGUUUGUGCCGCGCGCAGUACUCGUCGACCUUGAGCCCGGCACCAUGGACUGCAUACUGGCCGGCCCCCACGGCGCACUCUUCCGACCCGACAACAUCGUCUACGGCAUGACCGGCGCCGGCAACAACUGGGCGAAGGGGCACUUCACGGAAGGCGCGGAAUUGCUAGAGCCGGCACUGGACGUCGUGAGGAAGGAAGCCGAGGGCUGCGACUGCCUCCAAGGCUUUCAGCUCGUCCACUCGUUAGGCGGGGGCACCGGAUCCGGCCUGGGGACGCUGCUACUAUCGAACUUAAGAGAGGAAUAUCCCGACAGAAUCGUGAUGACGUUCUCCGUGGUACCGAGUCCCAAAGUAUCGGACACAGUUGUCGAGCCAUACAACGCUACGCUAUCCCUCAACCAGCUUAUAGAGAAUACGGACCAGUCGUUCUGCAUAGACAACGAGGCGCUAUAUGACAUCUGCUUCCGCACACUCAAGCUGCCGAUGCCAACGUACGGUGACCUGAACCACCUAGUCUCAAUGAUGAUGUCGGGCGUGACUACUUGCCUGAGGUUCCCGGGCCAGCUGAAUGCGGACCUGCGCAAGUUGGCUGUCAACAUGGUGCCUUUCCCGCGGCUACACUUCUUCAUGCCGGGCUUCGCACCACUGACAUCGCGGGGUAGCCAGCAGUACCGCGCACUGAGCGUGCCCGAGCUCACGCAGCAGAUGUUCGAUGCCAAGAACAUGAUGGCAGCAUGCGACCCGCGUCACGGCCGCUACUUAACCGUGGCCGCCGUCUUCCGCGGCCGCAUGUCCAUGAAGGAGGUGGACGAGCAAAUGCUGAACGUACAAACGAAGAACAAAGACUAUUUCGUCGGUUGGAUACCUAACAAUGUCAAAACGGCCGUCUGUGACAUUCCUCCGCGCGGCCUUAAGAUGUCGGGCACGUUCAUUGGCAACACGACCGCUAUCCAGGAGCUGUUCAAACGCAUCUCAGAGCAAUUCGCGGUGAUGUUCAGACGGAAGGCGUUUGUCCAUUGGUACACGGGCGAAGGCAUGGAUGAGAGUGACUUCGCCGAGGCGGACAACAACAUGAGUGAUCUAAUAUCCGAGUACCAGCAAUACCAAGACGCCACUAUUAACGAUCAGGAGUUUGAGGAAGAAGAGACCACACAAAACGAUGAUAGUGAUGAAUAA